CGGACUGAGGCUGGAGGCGGACUGGGGGAUGCCUGGAAGGGGAGAAGCCGAAUCUAGAACAUUGUAAAUCAUGGCCACAGUUUUCCAUCGGAACAGUAUCACAGAGCGAUCACCCCAUAUGAAAACGGAGGGGCAAAGCACCACAGCAGGGGAGGCACCAGAGGAGAUAGCAAAAUCUCUUCACCUCCUCCAGGACGGGAGCGUCGGGAAAUUCCUUCAGAGGAGACCAGGAGUUCAGGCGCAUCAGGAAGCAGAGGACGGUUCCCUUUCCCUUGCGCAGUGGGAAGCCCAGUGGCAGGAGUUCCUCAGGACAAUGGAAAACCCUCACUCUGGAUGGGGAAUCCCACAUUUGUCGGGUAAGCCAUCACCCUGGGAGGAUGCCAAGGCUUUCCUGGCCUCCUUCGAGCAAGUGGCUGAAGCCUGUCAGUGGCGCAAGGAAGAGUGGGUGACCCGACUCCGGCCAGCCCUCAGCGGAGAAGCCCAAGAGGCCUUUAACGGUCUGCAUCUCAGAGACAGAGAGGAUUAUGGGAAGGUGAAGGCAGCCAUCUUGCGAGCUGAUGCCAUGAGCCAGGAGAAGCAGCGUCAGCAGUUCAGGCAUUACUGUUACCAGGGGGCCGAGGGGCCACGGGGGGCUUACAGCCAACUCCGGGAAAUGUGCCGAGGGUGGCUGAGAGUGGAGAAGCACAGCAAGGAGCAGAUCCUGGAGCUCUUGAUCCUUGAGCAGCUGCUGUCCAUCCUACCCCCAGAGAUCCAGAGCUGGGUGAGGGAAAACGAUCCCGAGAAUUGCUCUCAGGCAGUGGCCCUGGCCGAGGAGUUCCUCUUAAGGCAGGAGAAGCAGGUGCUCUUGGAGGACGCAUCUGGGAGUGUCUCCGAGCCAGGACAAGAUCUGCCUGAGAGCAAGCGGAGGCAGAUGUUGAUUGGCAUCAAGGAAGAAGAGGACAGAGAGGCCAGUCUGCUGGCAGGAGAUGUAGAGGAGACGGCCAGGGAAUUCCAGGGGUUCUCACUGGAAAAAGCCAAGAGUGAAGAGGCUGAACAAAUUUUUAGGGAUCAAGACAGACCAGAGAAGAAGGAAGGAAGUCAUGCAGAAAAGAUGAGGGAAAACCUCAUUCCUUCCAAAGGAGAAGGCUUGCAUGAAAUUCCAGUCCAAGAAGAAAGCUCAGCCCAAGAAAGAAGGAACAAAGGCCUCUGUGUUAACCAGAGGAUUCAGUCCAGGAAAAAUGAAAAUGAAAGUGUGGCAUUUGGAAGUACCUUCAGUCAGAGCAUAAAUAUUAUUUUCCAGGAAAAAGUUUACUCAGGAGAGGAAGCAUAUAAUUACUUGGAAAGUGGAAAGACCCUUACUUCCCAGCAAAGAUUUCAUUCAGGGGUUGAUCAGGAGAAUGAGGAGGACAAGGAACAGCAUCAGGUAUCACCAGACGAAGCCAAGAACGAAGAGCUGAAAGGAAGUUUCAUGACUCACAGUGGACCCAAGAAGCAGAAAGGAAGCCAGAUGGUGGAGAAGAGGGACAAACCCAUUGCUUGCCAAGGAGGGAAUUUACAUGAAGUAAUUUACAUGUAUGAGUGCUUGGAGUGUGGAAUUAACUUUUCAGAUCAAGCCCAUUAUAAUAUCCAUUUGCAAAAGCACAGUGGAAGGAAGACCCGUCAAUACUCAGAGUGGGGAAGGAGCUUCAUUCGCACAUCAGAGCUCCUUAGACAUGAAAGAAUCCAUACAGGAGAGAAACCACACAGCUGCUCUGACUGUGGGAAGAGUUUCUUACAGAAAGCAAACCUUAUUCAGCAUCAAAGGAUUCAUUCAGGAGGGAAGCCACUGAUUUGUUCAAAGGCGGGAAAUACUUUCUCUGAUGGAAAAAAGGCCACUGUACACUUUCCCAAGUGUACUGUGAUAAAGCCACAAAAAUGUUUUCCAUGUGGAAAGUGUUUCAGAUACAAAUCAGAGCUUCUUGCACACCAACGAACCCACUCAGGGGAGAAACCUUUUGAAUGUUCAGUGUGUGGAAAUAAAUUCAGUAGGAGUUUCUGUCUUCAACAGCAUCAGAGAAUCCAUACAGGAGAGAAACCAUUCGAAUGCUCAGAGUGUGGAGAGAAAUUCAAUCGGCGUUGCCAUCUUCAACAGCAUCUAAGAACCCACACGAGAGAGAAACCUUUUGAAUGCUUACAGUGUGGAAAGAAAUUUAGUCAGAGUUGCCAUCUUCAACAGCAUCUAAUAACCCACACAGGGGAGAAACCUUUUGCAUGCUCUGAAUGUGGAAAGAGUUUCAAUAGGAGUUUCAGUCUUCUACAGCAUCAAAGAACCCACACAGGGGAGAAACCUUUUGAAUGCCCAGAGUGUGGAAAGAGCUUCAACUGGAGUGGUGCUCUUCAACGGCAUCAAAGAACCCACACAGGAGAGAAACCUUUUGAAUGCUUAAUAUGUGGAAAGAAAUUCAGUCAGAAAUCCAUCCUUCAGCGGCAUCAGAGUAUCCACAUAAGGGGAAACCAUGCAACCUGCUGCUCUGAUGGCUCCUUCUAUAAAGUGGCAUCCUUGGUGAUGUACCCGUUUGUGGUGGUGUCGCACCAAGAGGACAGUCACAUGAUGUCGAGCUGGAAGAAUGAUUGGAUUCGCUACUGCAGGGGCCACAUCAGCCGCCCUGAGGCGCCCUCCUACCCGAAGCAGACCAUCAUCAUCAAGGUGACCAGCAGGGUAGACCUUGGCGAGACAUAUGUGAUGGCAGGAGCGGUCGCUUUUCCCAUUGCCGCAAACUUGAGUACAGUGGGCCGCGACAACCUUGUCUUGGCCCGAUGCGUCCUCUUGGCCUGUGGCUGUAGAUGUGGGCGCCGCUUCCAUGUCAGGAUCUGGAUGCAUGGCAGUCGGGGUGGGAUUUUGCUGGAGCGUUUGAGACUCCCCGUCUUCAGCACAGAGACCGCUGCCUUGGGCUUGGUGUCUCGUAGAGAUUGGCGAAACGCUCUCCCACUCUCCAUCAACGGGAACCUCUGGGACAUCUCCAGGAUUGAAUCAUGGCUUUGGGAGGGAGAGGAGGCCAGGGAAGCAUCCAUGCCACUGACCCGCCCCCCAGGAUCGUGGCUUUGGUGGGGAGAGGAGGCCAGCGAUUGGGGCGCUGCUGGCAAGGAGCAUGAGGGGGGCGGCUCCAGGCUCCUCCUCCAGGCAGCCACCCCGAUCGGGAGCUGCGGGUGGGAGGCGCACGGGAGCUGGCGGUUUGAGGCUGCUCUGCCCGGCAGCCGCCCCAUCAGGGCGCUGUGGGUGGGAGGCGAAUGGGGGCGGCCCCUCCAGGCUUCUCCGCCCGGUAGCCACCUCGAUGGGGGCCUUGCGGCCGGGGAGCGUGAGGAGGCGGCGCUCCAGGCUCCUCCGCCGGGCAGGCACCCCAAUGGGGUCGCUGGGGGCAGGAGGCGCAGGGGGACUGGCAGUUUGAAGCUGCUCUGCCCGGCAGCCAUCCCGAUCGGGUCGAUGCUGGCAGGAGACGCACGGGGGCCAGUGGUUCCAGGCUCCUCCGCCCGGCAGCCACCCCAGUCGGGGCGCUGCAGGCGGGAGAUGCACGGGGCCAGCAGCUCUAGGCUCCUCUGCCUAGUAGCCACUCAGAUCGGGUCGCUGCUGGCGGGAGACGCACGGGCCAGCAGCUCCAGGCGGUUCAAGGCUGCUCCGCCCAGCAGCCACCCCAUCAGGCCGUCAGGGCGUUGUAGCCGGGAGCGGUCUGUUCAGCAGGUGUCUCCUGCAGGGGGCCCUCAUAAGAACCUGCCCCACACAGGGACAGAAGUGCCACGAAACCUUCUCUUACCCAAGCCUUUGGGGGAGAGACACCGGCGGGGAGAGAUGGAGCUCAGCGGGGCCUCUCCUCUCCCGCGGCUUCCUCGGAUGCAGGGAGACUUCGGCUUUGGCCCGUCUGCGGGUGAGACCUCCGCAGUGUCCUUUGAGGAGGUGGCCGUGUUCUUCACGGAGGAGGAGUGGGCUCUGCUCAAUCCAGGCCAAAGACAACUCUACUGGGAAGUGAUGCAGGACAAUUACGAGACCGUGGCCUCUCUGGCUGCAGAUGUAAGGGAGAUGGCAAGUGAGAAGGAACCAGGAAGGGCAAUUUUGGAAAGAGACAAAAAUCUGGAGGGAGAAUCAAAACCUGGGGAUCAAGUGGCACCAAAGAGGCAGCAGAGAAGCAAAAGGGAAGCAAAACAGAAGCAGAGAAGGAAAUUGCUUGCCCAUCAGAGCAGGAAGAUACCUGUGAUCCCAGGCCAAGAUGAAAUGCAGAAGAGAAAGAGAAGGCAUAAGGGUCCCAUGAACAUCAAAGCGUUGAGAAUCAAACUCAAAGUAAAAAUAUGCCAGGACAUUGCAACACACUGGAAAACACGCUUGGAGUGUGGAAACACCUUCUUUCAGAAUAGUAAGUUGGCUAAACAUCAGAGGGUGCACACAGGGGAGAAGCCUCACAAAUGCUUGGAGUGUGGGAGGAGCUUCUGUCAAAAUGGAACCCUAACUAUACAUCAAAACGGUCACAGAGGGAAAAAGCCAUACAAAUGCUUUGAAUGUGGGAAGAGCUUCUAUCUGAAUUCCCUUCUAGCUAGUCAUCAAAAGAUUCACAUGAGGGAGAAGGCUUAUAAAUACUUGAAGUGGGGGAAGAGGUUCUCUCUGAACCGGAACCUAAGUAGUCAUCAAAAUGUUCUCACAGGAGAGAAGCCUUAUAAAUGCUUGAUCUGUGGGGACAGUUUCUACCAGAAUGGCCACCUAACUGCACAUCAAAAGGUUCACAUAUGGAAGAAGCCAGGUAAAUUCUUAGAAUGUAGAAAGAACUUCUAUCAGAAUUGCCAUCUAACUAGUCAUCAAAAGGUUCUCAGAAGCAAGAAGCCUUAUAAAUGCUUGGUGUGUGGGAAGAGCUUCUCUCACAGUGGCCAUUUAAACAGACAUCAAAAGGUUCACACAGGGGAGAAGCCAUAUAAAUGCUUGGAGUGUGGGAAGAGCUUCACUCGGAAUUGCUCCUUAACUGUACAUCAAAAUGUUCACACAGGGGAGAAGCCAUAUAAAUGCUUGGAAUGUGGGAAGAGCUUCUCUCAAAAUAGUAACCUAAGUACACAUCAAAAGGUCCACACAGGAGAGAAGCCAUAUAAAUGCAUGGAGUGUGGGAAUAGUUUCUUUAAUGGUGGUGACCUCAUUAAACAUCACAGGAUUCACACUGGGGAGAAGCCAUAUAAAUGCUUGGACUGUGGGAAUGGCUUUGCUCGUAAAGGCACCCUAACUAGACAUCAAAGGAUUCACACAGGGGAGAAGCCAUAUAAAUGCUUAGAGUGUGGGAAAAGCUUCUCUCGGAAUAAUUUCCUGACUACCCACCAGAGGAUACAUAGAGGGGAGAAGCCAUAUAAAUGCUUGGAGUGUGGGAAGAGCUUCUCUCUGAACAGCCACCUAAAAAGACAUCACAGGGUUCACACAGGGGAGAAGCCAUAUAAAUGCUUGGAGUGUGGGAAGAGCUUCUCUCAGAAUGGUUCCCUAACUAGCCAUCAAAGGAUUCACACAGGAGAGAAGCCACAUAAAUGCUUGGAGUGUGGAAAGACCUUCUUUCAGAAUAGCAAGCUGACUAAACAUUGGAGGAUACACACAGGGGACAAGCCAUAUAAAUGCUUGGAGUGUGGGAAAACCUUCUCUCAGAAUGGCUCCCUAACUAGCCAUCAAAGGAUUCACACAGGAGAGAAACCAUAUAAAUGCUUGGAGUGUGGGAAGAGCUUCUCCCAUGGUGGUGACCUCACUAAACAUCAAAAGAUUCACACAGGGGAAAAGCCAUAUAAAUGCUUGGAGUGUGGGAAGAGCUUCUGUCUGAACAGCCACCUAAAAAGACAUCACAGGGUUCACACAGAGGAGAAGCCAUAUAAAUGCUUGGAAUGUGGGAAGUGCUUCUCUCAGAAUGGCUCCCUAACUAGUCAUCAAAGGGUUCACACAGGGGAGAAGCCAUAUAAAUGCUUGGAGUGUGGGAAGAGCUUCUCUCAGAAUGGUUCCCUAACUAGCCAUCAAAGGAUUCACACAGGAGAGAAACCAUAUAAAUGCUUGGAGUGUGGGAAGAGCUUCUCCCAUGUUGGUGGCCUCACUAAACAUCAAAAGAUUCACACAGGGGAGAAGCCAUAUAAAUGCUGGAAAUGUGGGAAGAGCUUUUCUCGGAAUUACUACCUAACUAGCCAUCAAAAGGUUCACACGGGGGAGAAGCCAUAUAAAUGCUUGGAGUGUGGGAAGAGCUUUUCUCGGAAUUACCACCUAACUAGCCACCAAAGGCUUCACACAGGAGAGAAGCCAUAUAAAUGCUUUGAGUGUGGGAAGAGCUUUUCUCAUGGUGGUGACCUCACUAAACAUCAAAAGAUUGUCACAGGGGAGAAGCCGUCUAAAUGCUGGAGUGUGGGAAGAGAUGUUUUCAGAAUUAUCACCUAACUAGCCAUCAAAAGGCUUACAUGGGGGAGUAGCCAUAUAAAUACUUGGAGUGUGGGAAGAGCUCCUCUCAGAAUGGCUCCCUAACUAGCCACCAGAGAGUUCACACGGGGAGAAGCCAUAUAAAUGAAUGGAGUGUGGGAAGAGCUUCUCUCAGAAUGGCCCCCUAAGUAGCCAUCAAAAGGUUCACAUGGGGAGAAGCCAUAUAAGAGAUUCUCUAGGAAUGGUGCCAUAAUUAGACAUCAAAAGGUUCACAUGGGAGAGAAGCCAUAUAAAUGCUUGGAGUAUCAGAUGAGGUUCUCUUGGAAUGAUGCCCUAACUAGACAUCAAAAUGUUCACUUGAGGGAGAAGCUAUAUGAAUGCUAGCAAAUAAAGUAUAAUUUAUCUACUACUGUCCACUACUUUUAAUUGGUUGUCAAAAGAUAAAAGGAAGAUCUGUGUUUUACAACCGGCUUUCAAACUACAAUAAAAUUCAUACACAGUUCACUAGAACAUGCAUAUAGUUAAAGAGUAUAGUAACAUUUUUUGAGUAUAUUGGUUAUCUGACUAUGUGACAGGAAGGGUGAUGCUAACCAUUUUUCGUGAACUUUGUGUG